GCUCUCCGGGGGAAAAUCAUUCCACUACGUCAAGUCGUCCCGUCCGCUCGGUGAAGAUGUCUGCGACGGGUACAGGCGGCUGCGGACCCGGACCCGGACCCUCCCCGGGUGCCGGGUCCGGGGCUUCCAACCCCCGAAAGUUUAGCGAGAAGAUAGCGCUGCACACCCAGCGGCAGGCGGAGGAGACAGCCGCCUUCCAGGAGGUCAUGAUGGACAUCACCUCGACCAGGCUUCAGGCCCAGAAGCUCCGUCUCGCCAGGAGUCAGGGUCCGUACUACGGCGGCUCGCUGCCCAACGUCAACCAGAUCGGCAGGAACCCUCAGGACUUCCAGGGCUCCUUCCCCUCCACUCUCGAGUCCAACCGGUCGACUCGGCAUCACGGUCUGGUGGAGCGAGUCCAGAGGGACCGCCGUUUCAUCUCGCCGGUCCGACCGUACCGCAACCGACAAGUGGACAGCUCUCCGUAUAACCCCGCCUACCUGUCCCCGCCCCCCGGCCCCAGCUGGAGAAGGAAUUGGUCCGGAAACUUCCCUGGGGAUAAAAGCCAGUUGUUUCGUCUCCCCACCACUGCACUCAACAGGACAAACUCUGACUCAGCCCUCCAUACCAGUGUGAUGAACCCUCCCACAGGAGAUCCCUUCACCACUGGAGGACCCACCCUCACCCCCCAGAGCUCCAGACGCACCGGUCAGAGCGAUGGAGAGGGCAGAAGAAUGUUUCCUUAUCCUGUUCCCCCCAUUGAAGAGAAUGUGCUGGAUGAGGGGAAACUGCUCAAACCCUGGGACACCAAGAAGUUGCCUCUGUUGUCGUCCAGACCCAAGUCCUGUGAAGUUCCUGGCAUCAAUAUCUUUACGUCCCCGGAGCAGCCGUCCGCUCCGACCCACGGCGUCCCUUCAGCCCUCAACACUGGCGGCUCACUGCCGGACCUGUCCAGCCUCCACUUCCCGUCUCCGCUGCCCACGCCACUGGACCAGGAUGAGCCCGGUUACCCAGGAUCCUCUCUGAGCGGGGGCAGCAGCACGGGGAACCUGGCCUCCACGCUGACCCAGCUGGGCAUCAACGCCGCCAACGCACCGGGAGGCAACGGCAGCCUCCACCACCACCACCACACACACGGUCUCCUGGCGUCUCUACAGAGCACGCUCAGUAACCCCUCCCUGCAGUCGUCCCUUAGUAACCCGAACAUCCAGUCAUCGCUCAGCAGCCACUCCUUUUCCAACUCUCUGAGCUCCGCCUCCCUGCACUCGUCGCUCAGCAACCCGUCGCUGCAGUCGUCCCUCAGCUCCUCCCCCUCCCUGCCGUCCUCCCUCAGCAGCCAAUCGCUGCACUCGUCCCUCAGCAACUCCUCCCUCCAGUCGGCCUCCAGCGGUAACCCCAGCUACAGCAGCGGCGUGGGCGGCUCCAGCUCCUGCUCUUCCUCCUACUCGCCGCUGCUCAGCGGGCAGGGCCAGCCGUCACUCAGCACGUCGCCACGGAGACGAGCACAGCUCUCCCCGCUCAUCCUGCCCAUGGGAGGAGAGUCCCGGAGGCAUCACUCCAAACAGUUCUCCCCCACCAUCUCCCCCACCCUGUCCUCCAUCACACAGGGCGUCCCUCUGGACACCAGCAAACUGCCUCUGGACCAGAGGCUGCCUCCGUACCCGCUUAGCCAGUCCCACCAGCACCAGCCUCUCCCAGGUCUACCCGGCUCCCAGCCCGGCCAGCAGCCCCCUCUGCUGGGCCAGCACCACCUCCAACAGCUACAUCGCCUCCAGCAGCCACGGCCCAACACCCAGCAGCAGCAGCAGCAGCAACAGCAGCAGCAGCAGCAACAGCAGCAGCAGCAGCAGCAGCAGCAGCAGCAGCUCCACCUGCAGAACCUUCGCAACCAGCACCACAUGCAGCAGCACUUUGGAACGCAGCAGCAGAGGCCGGUGGGACAGCAGCAGCAGCAGCAGGUGAACACGUCAAACACGCCGCUCAUAAAGAACGAGAGCGCGUUGGACCAGUGCGGCUCCUCCUCCUCCUCUCAUUGUCAGGUCAAACAGGAAACAGAGCAGCAGGUGGUGGAGCAGCAGCAGCAGCAGCAGAGAGCCGGCGGCCUGCCUCAGCUCCAACAGAUCAGUCACAACUUGGCCACAGACCUGGGCCUAUACAACGAUGCCUUGUUCAACUCUCUGCUGGACGAUCCAUACCUGAGUCUGCAGCUCACGGGCAAAUCCAACCAGCAGCUCCAGUUCACGGCAGAAAACCAGAGCGACGGUUUGUCCCUGAACCACAGCGGUCUGAGCUGCGGCGGCUCCGACAAGAACCAGUUCCCCUCCAACACGCAGGGGCAGCUGGACCUGCAGGACCCCGGAGACCAGCAGCUCCUCAACAACCAGAACCAGAACUACAGCGGCGGCGACGGACGACACAACGUGCCCAACAUCAUCCUCACCGGUGACUCACCGCCAGGUCUGUCCAAGGAGAUCGCCAGCGCUCUGUCCCACGUCCCCGGCUUUGAGAUGGACCCCUUCUCCCUGGACGACACGCUCAGGAUGGACCCCAUGGCUCUGGACAUGCUGGACGGCGACCUGAUGCUCGCCGACCCGGCUGUGGAGGACUCCUUCCGAUCCGACCGGCUGAAGUGAUCCCGCUUACCCCCCCUCCCCCUCCUUCUGCUCCAGGAGCUCGGUGGAACCAGCGAGCUGACGGCCAACCGGUCGGAGGCGGAGAAGACCGGGAUCAGCGCCGCUUCGCCGCCCACUCACCACUCCCCGACCCCCACCCCCCCCCCCAAGCAGACGGUUUACAGAGCGAGGUGUGGAAGUAACUUGGGAAUCUCUUCACGACGGCGGCGAUGGAAGUCUUGGAGAGAAGGACCUGAUAUUUCUGUCGGAAGGAGGGGGGGCUUUUUCAUCGAAGGCACUUAACUGAAAAAUGCUCUCACAAAUGCUUGAAGUCAAGUAAAACCCAAGAUGCUUCUCUUUUUAGGCAUUAGCUUGUACGAGUCGUAUCUGCAUGUUAAUGAAAAAAUGCACUUGCGUCAAUGCAAACACGCAGGAAUAAACCGCUCACACGUGACGUCAGCUUUAUGUAAGAAACCGUCUGUAAAAACCAGCAGCAGCGCUUGGAAGAUCUUGAAAAAGCAUUAUUAUGCAUCUCGAUACGCGUGGACCUUCCCCUCGCGCUUUCUGGCUGUUUCCUGUCUGGAGGUUUCCAUCCUGCAGCCACGUCGGCCAUCUUUGUCUCCACAGGAAAGACUUUGUGUGCUUGGUUUGGAUUAUUUUACCCCAAACUGCCAUUCGGUUAGGAAAUAACCACCAACCAGAAGCCAAAACUGCAAACAUUUGGCUUUUCUUUGCUUUAUCAGCCACUUUGACAGGAACUUAGCCAUGAUUUUAGAGGUUUAUACAUGUGGAUAAAAUAGGUUUUCCUGCUCUAAUAGAAGCAAGUGGCGAUUUAUCACCCCUGACAAGAGAAACAACCAGUUGAUUAAUGAAAAGCAGGUUCGGGUUGGAACCCUCUCACAGUGCGGUCAGCGCAUAAAAAAAAAAAAAAAAGAAAACCCAAAUUGCUGCUUCUGUUCAAGUCUCAUAAUGUUCUUGAUGUUCCUCCUGAUCAGACAACUGCAGCAGAUUUUAAAUCUUUAGCAACUGAGCCACAGUUCAUCAGCCUGAAACAUGCAGCUGCAUCUGAUGCCAACGAGGGAUGAAACUCUGAAUCUGAAUCAUUUUGAAUCCCUUAUUGAAUCUUCUUAGUUUUAGUUUGUUUGAUCCUCCAGACAUAACUGAUACAUAUUGAAUAUUAAGUAACUUAAUAUUCAAAGAUAUUCAGACAUUUUAAAGGACUACAACAAUAAGUUUUGCCCCUUUUCACAACUGCUGUACCACAGACGAUGAACUGCAACCAGCAAAUUUCUUGAUUUUCUCGAAUAAUC